UUGAACUGAGCUGGGAGGUAGAACUCUAGCCUCAGUGUUUCUGUGUUCUCACAUUUGUUGAGUGGAUGCCUUGCGCCCUCGGUGAAAAAGUCACUUCCUAAAUACCAGCAAAGUUGUGCGCUCUUGGAAAGUUGCAGGCUGCUGACUUCAGGGACUCGUCGCUGUCUGGUGUCGGACUCCUCUCAGGAAUGCAGCGGGAAGAGUCAGGAGUCAGCCUCGGCUGAGGUGGGACGAAGCUCCGUUUUCUUAGGUUGCCACAUUUAGUUUGAGGUCGUUGUUUUUGCGGCGAGAGCAUGUGAACUAGGCUGCGUGUCCAAGAAGACACUGUAAAUUGAACGGCAGCAACCUGUAAGGAUUAUUAAAGACUGAGAUCUUCACUUCGACUCCAUCUGCAUCAUGGGCUGCAGCAAGGUGCUGUGGGGGGUGGUCGGGGCGGCUGUCGUCAUCACGUUAAUAACGAUCCCGGCAGUUUAUUUCAGCAAACCCGAUGGUACCAAAAGGCCAUUCACCCUCGAAGAUUACUUCAAUGACACCAUAAGGUGGAAAUCCUACAAUUUGUAUUGGAUAUCAGAUAAGGAAUAUCUGCAUAAAACAAGAGAGGGGAAUGUCUUUCUUCACAAUGCUGAAACGAAAGAGGAGUCCCUAUAUUUGAGCAAUUCCACCUUUGCCCAGGUGGAUGCCACAGAUUACCUGCUGUCUGGUGAUUAUCAAUACAUCGCCUUUGAAAGCAAUUACACAAAGAAAUGGAGACAUUCAUUCACGGCCUCUUACUCCAUCUAUGACAGGGAGAGUUCAACAUUUGUUACACCUGUGAAUCUUCCAACUGUUGUGCAGUACUUUUCCUGGGCCCCAACAGGAAACAAAUAUGCUUACGUCUCGGACUUCAACAUUUUUUUCAAAUCUAAUGUCACUGCUGAAGUUGUGCAAGUGACUCACAAUGGGAAAGAGAAUGAGAUCCACAAUGGUGUCCCUGACUGGGUAUAUGAGGAGGAAGUGUUUGCAUCAAACGGGGCAAUAUGGUGGUCAUCAACUGGAAAAUUCUUGGCUUAUCUAGAGUUAAAUGAUACUGAAGUUAGCAAAGUGGAGUUCUCUUGGUAUGGAUCUGAGCAAUAUCCUCAAACAGUGGCUUUUCCAUACCCAAAGGCUGGAUCAUCUCUUACCAAGGUGAAACUGUUUGUGGUUGAUACCACAAAUCCAACCCGCCGCACACAGGUGCUUCCUCCAGCAUCCAUUGCUUCUGGUGAUCACAUUUUGUGCUCAGUGAACUGGGUUACAGACGAGCGCGUCGCCGUGCAGUGGCUCACAAGAAAGCAGAAUUACUUGGUUGUGCAGAUCUAUGACUUGGAUGGAAGCAGCUGGAAAGAAAUACAGAAAUUAGAGCAAAGAAGCAAGACAGGUUGGGUCGGCCAUUACGUGCCCUUACCUCUUUUCUUUGCUGAAGAUAAACUUAGUUUCUACAAAGUGAUGAGUGACACUCAGGGCUACAAACAUAUUCAUUAUGUGAAAGAUGGCAAAGCAACACCUAUUACCUCUGGGAAGUGGGAAGUCAUUUACAUCUCCAAAUUAACAAAAGACGCCAUAUAUUUUGUGAGUAAUGAGUACCAAGGAAUACCUGUAAAGAGGAAUCUUUACAAGGUUCUGAUUGGAAGCAGCCCUUCUGCCCCUCGGUGCCUCACCUGUGACCUGUAUGCGGACAGGUGUCAGUACAACACAGCUUACUUCAGCUUUGACGCCUCUUACUACCGAAUGGACUGCUACGGACCUGGCUUGCCCGUGUACACACUCAUGGACAACAGGGGCCCAGGUGCACGGCUUUCGAUCCUUGAGGAAAACAGGGAACUGGAAAAUAUUCUGACUGAAUUCAAAAUGCCAAAGAUGCAUUAUGGCACACUAAAGGUCGCAGGAUUUGAUCUUUGGUAUCAAAUGAUGUUACCACCAAAUUUUAAGCGAUCUAAAAAAUACCCUCUUCUCAUUGAUGUGUACGGUGGCCCCUGUAGUCAGAAGGUGGACCAUCGUUUCAAGCUGAACUGGGGCACGUACCUCUCCAGUUCACACGGGAUCAUCAUCGCCAGCUUUGAUGGAAGGGGGAGCGGUUACCAAGGUGACGAAAUAUUGCACUCAAUCUACAGGCGCCUUGGGACGUUUGAAGUGGAAGAUCAGAUAACAGCUGUGAGGAAAUUCAUUGAUAUGGGUUUUAUCGACAAAAACAGAAUAGCAAUAUGGGGCUGGUCAUAUGGUGGUUACGUAACUUCAAUGGCCUUGGGUGCUGGAACUGGGCUCUUCAAGUGUGGAGUAGCGGUUGCCCCAGUAGCCAAGUGGGAAUAUUAUGAUGCAGUGUACACUGAACGCUACAUGGGCAAGCCCACGGAGAAUUCAGACGCUUACAUAAAUUCCACAGUGACGGGCAGAGCAAAGAACUUCAAAACUGUAGACUAUCUACUGGUUCAUGGCACAGCAGAUGACAAUGUCCAUUUCCAGCAGGCAGCACAAAUCUCCAAAGCCCUGGUGGACGAGCAAGUGGACUUUGAGACAAUGUGGUACACUGACAGGGACCAUGGUCUCAGGGGAUCAGCCUACCGUCAUAUAUACACCCUCAUGAGUCACUUCCUGCAGAAAUGCCUCCUUAAGCCCAAAUAGAUGUGAAGAAUGUGACAGCAUUUAAAGGGACGAUUACCACAGCGUUUUUGCUUUCUAAUUUGUGCAGUUUUGAUCAUACGGAGGCUCUGAAGUGUCAGGUUGAACGUUUUUGUGGAUGUUUUUAUGUGCAAUGGAUAAUCGUUUGCUUGUACAAAUGAGCGUUUUAUGUGGAAUAAUGUAACUUUUUUCAAAAUAUGUGACAUUCAAAACAUACCAAAAGCCAUCGCAUGCAUUUAUAUACAUUUUGUGAAUAUGAUGACAUAGAAUAGCUAUAUUGCACUGCACUGAUUUGUUGUGGAGUGGUAUCAUUUGUGUUGUAGUCGUCUUGCAAU